AAAAAAAAAAAAAAAAAACAGACACAAAGAAAGCUUUGUGAAGUGCGCAAGCAAUAGCUCUUUUCAAUUCUUCCCUAUAUUAUUAUCAUUAUCCACUAGUAGUGGCUUCAAAGGCGCAUAUUUCAUUGUGUUUUUUCAAAUUUCAUUUUACUGAGCAGAAAGAAACAUCGAGUGGCACCUUAACAGAACAUGUUUCAUGGUUGACCUUAACUAAGCAAUGUUAGGGACGAUGAUGUUGUUGCAACAAUCAAACUUCUCUUCAAUUCCUUCCUCACUCAAACAAAGGAACCCACUUCUUCACAAACAAAACUUCCCUUUUUAUUUUCCUAGAAGCCCCAAUGCCUCAACCUUUAGAAUUUCUUCCCUUGGUGACAUCGCUCAAAUUGCUCAUAAUAAGGUUCUGAUUGCAGCUGGAGUUUCAAUGGCAAUUGGGCAAAUUUCUAAGCCAUUUACUUCUGUGUUUUUGUAUGGCAAAGAGUUUGAUAUCAAGGCUCUUCUUCAACCUGGAGGGUUUCCAUCUUCACACUCUUCUGCAACAGUGUCUUGUGCAACAUUCCUUGGCCUUGAGAGGGGCCUCUCAGAUCCCAUUUUUGGUCUUGCAGUUGUGUAUGCUGGUCUGGUUAUGUAUGAUGCUCAGGGUGUAAGAAGAGAAGUAGGGAUUCAUGCUAAGACCGUAAACAAACUACUUCUCCAAAUGCAUCUCAACCAUUUACAUUCCAAACAUAAAGAUGCUUUGAUCAACUCUCAUCCUGAUUCAUCCAAUCCACCAAAAUUAGAAGCUCACGAAAAGUCCCUUUUGUCUCUAGAAGCUAAGUCUUUGGAACCACAACAGGCUAAUGCAAGUGUAUUAGUUAAAUCAGGAAGCAAAAUAAAGCUAAGUGAUGAGGAGUUACUAUCCUCUGACUUGUUCUCAGAAGAUUCAAAACAAAUCUCAAAGUUGGUUAGUGAUGGUCUACUGCAAUUGAAAGAAACUGUUGGUCAUACUGAGGUUGAAGUCAUAGCUGGUGCUUUCCUAGGGUUUUUGGUUGGGUUGGCUGUCUAUAAUUUCAAGUAAAGUCUUUAUUUUUUUUUUUUACAAUUAUUUCAUAAUGUUACAACUUACAUUGAAUAGAUUAUAGAAAUGAAAAUCAAAGAAAGAGGAGUUAAGUCAACAAUAUAACACAUUUCAUAAAAAAAUUAUGAAACAAUUCAUAAAAAAAUCAAGACUAUGCUUCUCUUUCUUUGAUACAAUUUGGUGUCUCA